GAGUGGGCGGGGCCGCAUGGCGUCAGCGCAAAGAUGGCGGCUUCAGCGGCGCUGUUCUCCCGCUUGCGGAGCGGGCUCCGGCUCGGCUCGCGGGGGUUGUGCACGAGGCUGGCGACACCGCCCCCCCGGGCCUCGGAACAGGCUGCAGAGAUUGGGAGCCGUGGUGGUGCUAAGGCCCAGGGGUCACAGCAGCAGUCAGGCUCAGAAGGUCCCAGCUAUGCUAAAAAAGUUGCACUCUGGCUUGCUGGUUUGCUGGGGGCCGGUGGAACCGUGAGCAUCGUCUAUAUUUUCGGAAACAACCCUGUGGAUGAAACCGGUGCCAAGAUUCCCGAUGAAUUUGACAAUGAUCCAAUUCUGGUACAGCAGUUGCGCCGAACAUACAAAUAUUUCAAAGAUUAUAGACAGAUGAUCAUUGAGCCCACCAGCCCUUGCCUUCUCCCAGACCCGCUGCAGGAGCCAUACUACCAGCCACCAUACACGCUCGUCCUGGAGCUCACUGGUGUCCUCUUGCACCCUGAGUGGUCGCUGGCCACUGGCUGGAGGUUUAAGAAGCGCCCAGGCAUUGAGACCUUGUUCCAGCAACUUGCCCCUUUGUAUGAAAUCGUCAUCUUUACUUCAGAGACCGGCAUGACUGCAUUUCCACUCAUCGACAGUGUGGACCCUCACGGCUUCAUCUCCUACCGCCUGUUUCGGGAUGCUACAAGAUACAUGGAUGGGCACCAUGUUAAGGACAUUUCGUGUCUGAAUCGGGACCCAGCCCGUGUGGUCAUUGUGGACUGCAAGAAAGAAGCCUUCCGCUUACAGCCGUUCAAUGGUGUUGCCCUGCGGCCCUGGGAUGGCAACUCCGAUGACCGGGUCUUGUUGGACCUGUCUGCCUUCCUUAAGACCAUUGCACUGAAUCAAGUGGAGGACGUCCGGACCGUGUUGGAGCACUAUGCCUUGGAGGAUGACCCGCUGGAGGCUUUCAAACAGCGGCAGAGCCAGCUUGAGCAGGAGGAGCAGCAGCGCCUGGCUGAGCUCUCCAAGUCCAACAAGCAGAACCUCUUCUUCAGCUCUCUCACCAGCCGCUUGUGGCCUCGUUCUAAACAGCCCUGACUUCUGGGCCUCCUCAAACUCAGUGCCUGGGUCUCCUGGUGCUCCAGGGCUCCCAGACCCAGGUUGGGGCAGCCACAGAUCCAAUAAAGUGCAUCCCAGAUGACACAACUCCAGUGUCCGGAGCAUCUCCAGGUGGGGCGUUGGGGUGAGGUCCUGCAGCGGCUGACCAGCUGCCAAGUACAGUGGGUGCUGCUUUGUUGGAUCGGGGUGAUGCUGAAUCCUGGCCUGGGAAUCUGAAAACCUGAGUCUCUGCUUGGCUGUGUCUUCCCAUAAGUCGUGUGAUUUGCAAAAAGUGCAUCUCCCUUCUUGGCUGCACAUUCCUUGUGGAAAGGUGAAGAGAGAGGGUUUUAAAGACAGACAGCUGCAUGGAAUGGAAGUGAAGUGAGCUCAGCUGUACUCUGGUGGACCAGUGAUCAGCGCAUCUCACAAGAGCAGCUGCUGUUCAGCUCUAGACUGCUGUGGCUGCAGUCAUUUGGUCUCCUAGUUUUCUAUAACAAAGCAGAAAUUGAGAUUUGUAUUAUUUCAUUUUUAUUUAUGUAUUUGUUUGUUUUGUAAUUGUUUAAUUUUUGAGGCAGGGUCUCACUGUGUUGCAUAGGCUGCUGUCAAACAGGCCUCAUGAUCCUCCUGCCUCAGCCUCCUGAGGAGCUGAGAGGACAGGUGUGCUGUCAUGCCCAGCUAGAAAUUAGGAUUUGCUCUUUUCAUUUAUUUACUCUUUGCCGUGCCAGGGUUGGAACCAGGGCCUUGUGCAUGCUAGACAAGGGCUGUGGCAUUGAGCAACACCUCAGCCCACCUCUCCUUGUUUUUGUGUUGGUCCCUGACUAAACCCGCUGACUGGAGCAGCACUUGGCAGUGUCACUGUCUGUGCCUGUGCUGUUCAGUACGGUGACCACCUUCCACAUGGGGGUAAUAGUCGACGUGUAGCUAAUGUAACAAAACUGAAAAUUGUUUUUGCAGUGGUGGAAACUGUACCCAACGGUACUCUACUGAGUUACAUUUCCAGUCAUUUCUAUUUUUUGACACAGAGUCUGAGUUGCCCAGGCUGCCCUUGAACUUGUACUCCUCCAGUUUGAGCCCCUCAAGUACCUGGGAUUAGAGACGUGCACCACUGUACCUGGCAUGACCUGAAUUUAUUAUUUUUUGUGCUACUGGGGAUUGAACCUGG